AUGGACACUGACUUUGGCUCAAGAUGGCCCUUCUCAAACAGCCCGCUCAGCCCGUCGGCUUCAACCACAGGAGAAAAUACACUCCUCGAGAAGCUUCGCAAAGACUACAACUACCCAGGCCUCGCCGCAGCUUCCAGCAGACAUCGGGACUUUGCGUCUGCCGUUACGGGCCUCAGGCGGAUAGAUGCCCCCCCCAAAAUCACUAAGGACGACCAAUUUCAUCUGGCAUCAAAUACCAAGGCAAUGACGGCCACUACUUUUGCCAUGGUGGUGAAAGAUGGGCAUUUGCAUUGGGAUUCUACCCUGGAGGAAGCCAUUCCCUCUCUCGCAGAUUCCAUGGCCGAGGAGCACAAGAGCACCACGGUGAAGAUGUUGACAUCGCAUCGGUCAGGCAUCGAUAUUGACUGGGCAGCCGAUGCUCAGUUCUACGAGUCCUUGUACAAGCCGGACAUAUCCCCAAAGCAGGCUCGAUGGCUUAUGGUCGAGAAAGCGUUGGGCGAGCCACCGGUAAGAACCAAGGGCAAAUUUUGUUACGACAACACCAAUUAUUUGAUCACCGCCGCCAUCAUAGAGCUGAUCACAGGAAGUAGCUGGGAAGACUUUGUCCGGUCCCGUCUCUUCGAACCUCUCGGCAUGCAACACACUGGAUUUGGGCCCAACGACGAGACAAAUGACACUUCUAUCCGUAAUCCCUGGCCACAUCGAUGGGUAUCUGAGCCCUAUGGACCAGCAGAACCCGUGUCAGAUGUCGACUUCGACCAUCGCGAUAAACCACCAGCUUUCAACCCCGCUGCCAGAGUUCAUUCCCCUAUGGCCCAGUACAACAAGUUCCUGCAGGCCCAUAUAGACGGUGCUAACGGCCUCGACACGUCUCUCGGACUGUCUCAAGAUAUGUUCAAAUUCCUGCAUACACCUUACGCAGAUGAUGACAUCUACACACCGGGCGGAUGGCACUGCCAACAGCGGAAUAAGGAUGGCAAAAGUUACAGCAUUUCACAUUCGGGGAGCAACAGGUACAACUACGUAGUCGCAUACGCUAUCGUCGGCGGCGAGGACGAGGGAACUUAUAUGGUGAUGGCCAACAUCGGAGGAAUCGGUGUCGGCGAUGGUUUGCGAAAGAUCAUUAAUGAUCUAAUAGCUGGAGAUCUCCCGCUGUUUUCAAGCCUCUGA